GCGGAGUUAGCAGCAAAGCUGAGGAUUCGGCUUCGCUUACAUUGGCUCCGACUUCCGCCCAGCUCUGGUACAAAAGCGAGGUAACUAAUUACUGACAUCGAUCGGAAAGUCUUCUUUCGUUUUGAUAGGCGAAGACUCUUCACCGAAAGUGACCACCGUGCUUUGGAACUACAUUUAAAGGCAUUUUCUUGAGUGUGGAGUGAGAUACAAUAGCAUGCCGUAGCUACAUUUACUUCACCUCAAGAAUAGCUUUUCUCUCGAGCUGCACUUACGCGUCGACUUUGUUGUGGAAAUACAGUAAGGUCACAUUACAGUUGACUUAUCUGCGUCUCCGGUUCGACUUUCUUCAUCUUAUAAAGACGUCGUCUAUGAGGUGUGAAGUGGACUUAUAAUGGAUGCAACUCCGCUCUGAUCACGCCGCUUCGAUUCAAACUCCGUCUGCCGUUCCCACCAUGUCAAAGAUCUCUGUUCCUUUGGAAGUCCUGGAGGAGAUCUUCUUGAAUCUUCCCCCUCAGCAGGUGGUCCAGAUUUGUCGGCUAGUGUGUCGUCAAUGGAAAGACAUUGCUGACAGCCAGUCUUUAUGGAGAGACCGAUGCAGGAGAGAAGGUCAUCACCUACGCAAUGCUUCCAAGGUACCCAAGGACUGGAGGUUGUUUUACUUCUUGUGCAAGAAGAGACGAAAUCUUCUCAAGAACCCGUGGGCAGAAGAUCAAAUGAGAGGUUGGCAGAUUUUGGAGAACAACGGUGACCGAUGGAAAGUAGAGUGUGUCAUGGUGGCACAUCCAAAUGAAACCAUCAAGAACAGCUUUGUGACUUCAUAUGGCAUGUGCAGGAAGUCCCAGCUGAUUGAUUUGGAGUCGGAAGGUUACAAGGCAUCAUUUAUGGAUCACUUACAGCCAGACAUCAAAAUAUCUGAUUGGUAUGCCCCUCGAUGGGACUGUGGCUGUCAAUACAAAAUCCAUGUGGAGCUGUUGAAUCAAAGGAAGAAGCCAAUUCAGAUCUUUUCCCCCGAAGAGAUUUAUUUUGAGCAGUGGAAUGACGGUAAAUGGAAUCAGAUAACACACGUGUUCCAGAACUAUGGGCCAGGAGUGCGAUACAUUCGCUUUAUCCACGGAGGCAAGGACACGCAGUUCUGGGCUGGAUGAAAGAUUCCACGACUGCUUCAUGCACUCCUGGAAUGAUUCUUCCGGGAUCUGCUGCAGCGCCAUCGUUACGUCAGCCACAUCUUUAAAACAGGUCCCCUUGAUGAUCCCCUGAGGUUGGGAAAGGUGGGGCAAAGUCACAUGAACCCAGGUUGAGUGAGGUUGCUCCUGAACGGCAACGUUUUACUCCUGACACCAGUCCUGGAAUUUUUCUGACACACUUCGUUUUUGCUUCCUGCCUUCCUUUUGCGUAAUAUUGCACAAAUUCUGCAAAUGUCACUUUGGGAACAUCUUUUACCACCAGGAAAUCAUAUGGUAUUUUGGCUGGCAUCAAACCAAAGAGAGAAAAUGUGAGGAGGCUAAAAUGGAUUAAUAGCAUUCACAUUAAUUUCAAUAGGAAAAGAUGAUUGGAGUUGAGUAUUUUGAGUUACAAGCUGCACGCUCAUAAGAGUUGAAUGAAUUCAACUCUUAUCUCAGGGCACCACUGUAUUACAGUUUGCUGGAAGGCUAACAUAUUAGCCACUCUGACUAGCCCACAAUGCAAACUGCGAGCAAACGACAAAAUAUAUUUGGACUUUGUUUUACGCCAGUUGUCCAAACAUUGUCUGACAUAAACAGUUUUUGUUUUAAUCUGGAUGCUUUGACUUUAUGGAUUAUUUCUUAUUUGUUAUGACCCAUGAUGGCUUCUGUGAACAGAUACAUGGCAAUAACCCGCAUCAGCUAGUUCUGUUGUAAAGACAAAGGCAUCUGUUUGCUAGGAAGGCAGUGUGAAAGAGGCUGUUAAUUAGUAAAUACUGUUGACAAAGACAUUUUGAUGUACAAAGCUAGGACCUUUAAACGUACAGUACAUCCUUCUGAUUAUCCCUAUACCAAAGUCCUUGUUUUGACAGGCUUUCUUCUUCCAGUCGUAUUCUACAGCAGCCAAAGUUUAGAUCCAACACUAUACGUGUAAUUUAAAACAAAAUGGAAUUAACUGUGUGGAACGCUGCAAAUAUAUUUUUUUUUUUUACUUGAAGAUGUGAUUUUAUUUUAUUGCUCACCCAAAAUUAUAGAAUGUACAAUCCUUGUCUUGCCAUUAUCCUCAGUAUUUAGCAGUUAUAAACUGCGUAUUGUAUUCCAAACAUUAGCUUACUUUGACUGAUCCAACUUAUAUAUGAUGAAUUUGUGUAAUAAAUACUGCUCCUAACAUU